UUAAAACAAAGCAGCGGGUCUCCUCUGACCGGGCGGGUCUAUCUUCAGUUAGGGAAUGAAGGUGUAUAACUUCCCCCUCCGCGCUCAGAGGUGGCACAAACCAAACUCCAUUCUCGUUUGACGGUCACAAUGACGCUCGAUAACUAACCCGGAAACAGCAAAUCGUUUUUCUUCUUCUUUCAGCCCGUACCGCUGGCUUUCUAGCGUGGUAUGCAGACGUCGACUCCAGUGUUUUCUCUACGAGCAUAAAGAGGCUGACCUCUGGUGGAGGACUGUGACCCGAGGCCACCUGCCAGGCCGGGCCUCCCUGCUCCUGACUGACUGCCUCACAGCUCCACUGCUGGUAUCGUAACAUGGGGAACCUACUGAAAGUUUUGACUUGCACAGAUCUGGAACAGGAGCCCAAUUUUUUCCUCGAUUUUGAAAAUGCCCAGCCCACAGAUGCAGAGCGAGAGGUGUGGGAGCAGGUGGACGUGGUGCUGAAGGACGCUAAGGCGGUCCUGGAUGAGCUGCAGGCGUACAAAGGAGCGGGGCAAGAGAUCAGAGAGGCAAUCCAGAAUCCAAACGAUGAAGUGUUACAGGAGCAGGCGUGGGCGGCUGUGGUUCCCCUGGUGGGGAAACUGAAGAAGUUCUAUCAGUUCUCCCAGAGAUUAGAGGCGGCGCUGCACAGCCUGCUGGGAGCUCUGACCAGCGAGUCUUACAACGACCCCACUCAGCACCUGGAGCGGGAGCAGGCGCUGGCCAAGCAGUUCGCAGAGAUCCUGCACUUCACACUGCGCUUUGAUGAGCUUAAAAUGACAAAUCCUGCCAUUCAGAAUGACUUCAGCUACUAUAGGAGAACCCUGAGCCGAAUGCGGAUCAACAACGUACCGGCGGAUGGUGAGAAUGAAGUCAACAAUGAACUGGCCAAUCGGAUCUCUCUGUUCUACGCCGACGCCACGCCCAUGCUGAAAGCGUUAAGUGACGGCACAACCAAGUUUGUAUCGGAGAACAAGAACCUGCCCAUCGAAAACACGACAGACUGCUUAAGCACGAUGGCGAGUGUGUGUAAAGUCAUGUUGGAAACGCCGGAGUACCGCAGCCGGUUCACCAGUGAGGAGACGGUGUCUUUCUGCCUCCGGGUGAUGGUCGGGGUCAUCAUCCUGUAUGACUACGUCCAUCCUGUAGGAGCUUUCGCCAAGUCGUCCAAAAUUGACAUGAAAGGCUGCAUCAAAGUCCUCAAAGAUCAGCCUCCGAACAGCGUAGAAGGCCUUCUCAACGCUCUCAGGUACACAACCAAGCAUCUGAAUGAUGAAUCAACCAACAAGACUAUCAAGAGCAUGCUGCAGUAGGACUGAGCUGCUCCAACUGCUUGCCUCACACCCUGCUGGGGGGAGACGCCACUCUCCUGACUGAUGUCGGUGCACAGAAUGUUUUUUUUUUUUCUUUCUUCUUUUGUUGCUUUUUUAUUUUAUAAUGGAAAAAGAGCUAAUAGCUCCGCCCUCUUUUAUAAUGCAAAAUGCUACUGCCAUUAUGAACGUCUUUUUCUGUGCCAAAAAGAUGUUGCUGAGGUAAUGUUUUCGAUAAAAGGCCAUGCGACAAUGGCAGCUAAUGAAAGCAUUGUGGGUCCUCUGGUGUUUUUAAACUCGUUUUUUCCCUAUAUAAGGGACGGGAGUGCUUUGACUUGAAAAUUUAAAAGAGAGAGAGAAAUAUAUAGAGAAGUAUAUAUUAUUUUUGUUUGAUUCGUUAUUUAAUAUUACAUACUCUGCAUGAUGAAAAUUGUCUUUUCCUUCUAUUUAAAAAAAACUAAUGGUUCAGUUGAAUUUGUCUGCUCUAUUGUGCAUUAUUAAAUGUUUUGUUAUUGAAAUGGUACUUGUCAAAAUGAGAUUUAAGAGUACUGUUUUUAUAUUUUUUAUAGGUUUUAAAUUUGUGCAUAUGUCUUUUUUUUCAUUUCGUUGUGUUGUAUUUUUCAUUUGAAAACUUAAAACUGUGAUGUGUGCUAAAUCAAAUUUUAAAAUUGGGAGUCUGUACUGUAAAUGAGCAGUAUGCUGUGGCUGGAGAAAUUAAAAGGAGAACUCUUGUUUUCUACAA